GCAAGGGUAAUGUGGUUGCUUGCUAAAUCCAACGGGUAUUUGGAUCAGCCUUUGCGUGAUAUCUACUCACAUUAAAACCGAUGAAAGGCAAUUUGACUAAAAGGAAAUGCUUUUUAGAUAUCACAACAAAAGAUCACAUAUUUAAAACACAUUGAAUGCCUUCCGACAUGUGCGACCAUCUCGUUGCCAAAAAAGUCAGCCAGAGUGAAUAUAAAACCGAGGAGGCAGGAACAACCCAGCCACCUCCCCCAAUGUCUGAAGACACACACACACACACACCUUCAACUGCAACACUUGCUGGCACUCAAACUUGGCUGGAGGAUUUAUUUAUGUUUAAGCAGGUCAAAAGCCGCCUGACUCCGGUGUGUCUCUCUAUCAUUCCACUGGGGGAAAAAAGGACAUUUGAAAACUCCAGUGAAGAAACAACAAGUGACUUAUUUGAUCAUGAAUGUGAGGAAGCAGCUGUGGCCUCUGGCCCGCAUGGUGGUGCCCGGUGUGGGGUUUGCGAUCACCUGCAUCGGGACCUACGUCGUGUCCCUCCAGACGGACUACGGGUGCACUUUGAGGGUCAUCUCUGCCUACGUCAUGGUGGCGAUUGGCCUCCUGGUUGUGCUGACCGGAGUCUUCUGGAACAUCUGCAACAGCAUGAAGACCAAGAUGUACCACAGAGGAGGACACGAGCAGCACCUGCAGAUCUACGCUAUUGACAGAAGCUCCUUCCCUCCAUCGUACGAGGAGUCCCAGGGCAGCCGGCAGAGUCCCGAUGCGGCCCCUGAGUUUGAGGUGGUGGUUGACGGGGUGGAUGUGGCGCCGGCCCUCGCUCCCCCUCUCUACAGCCCAGACGGCUCGGAGGCCCCGGACUGCACGUGGAGCUGGGAGCAGCCUCCCCUCUACAUUGAGGUGGAGCGCGCUCAGCGGGGAAAGGUGGAUGCGUGAGACGCAGGCGCUGAAGGGCGCAAAACAUUUUGCCGAAGUGGCUUGAAAGAAAAGCUGACUGGCGCUCAGACAAGAGGCUCCAGAGGAACGGGAAAUGCUUUUUGAAUACGGCUGCACUGCUUGGCUACCAAAAGAUGACAUCCGUCUUCACCUUGACCUCUUGGUGCGGACCCUACACUACAUUAAGGGCUCUUGAAAGAGGUGGAUUUGUGGUGUUGAUGUUGGUGAAAUGUUUUUUUUGUCUCAGAGUAAGGACGAGCCUCGCAUUGGAAUUGAUGCUUACUAAAUAACCGAGGAAAGUAUUAAUCCAGCUGGAUCCAUUGAAUCACCUUUAUCUGCACUGUAGCUAUAAUUUGUACAUGUACUAUUGCAAGUAUGAUGCCGCCGUUUGCAUUGGAGUAAAGGAUGCUACCUCGAUUCUGGGGUUAUUUGUAUUAUGUAAAUAAAAAUAGGACGU